AUGAUGGCGACCUUCAGCAGCCCUGCCUCAUGCGAGGAGAAGGUCGGACUCCGCUCCUUCCUCGGAGCCGACUCUCCGGUCACCGGCUCCCGACGACCAUCGACCGCACCCAUCCAGCCGCGCACGCCGCCGUACAACCAUGAACCUUCGCAACCUCGCUCGUCGUCGCACUCUCGCUCUUUCUCGUCGUCCUUCUUCAACCUCUUCCUUCCUCGCCGCUCAAGCAACUCGUGGAUGCCGUCGUCGACUGCGUCACCAACGUCCUCCUUCGGCUCGUCGUCGUCCUACACCCAGGCGCUCUCUUACCCUGCGCCAGGUCGUCCAGCGUCGACGACCGCGACAUUUUCCGCUCGACGAGGCCGCCCACAGCCAUCCAAGUCGAAGACAGUGGCCGCCGUCGCCACCUCGUGCAUCAGCUGGCCGCUCGAGCGUGAUUGCGAAGCCGCGUCUGUCUGGGUGUUGGGCUACAGAGACGACGGCGGCGCCGACGACAGGAGCCGAGCGAGGAAGCUCGAGGCGCGAGUCGACUGUCGCUGCCAUGACUGCGGUGCAAGCGAGUGGCGCAGGACGGCGGUCUUGUGA